GUUCUCCUUCCGCAUUUCUGAUCUUAGUCCGAUCCAGUACCAUGAAUUGGACUGGUGGUCAUCUGAACCGCCAUUCCAAGGCCAACUCCAACACUCUCCUCAAAUCCCAGAAACGCCAUUUUGCAAAAGCAAGACUACGCGAACAAGGUACCUCGAGUCCUUCCAGAUCUUCAUUUUCGAUCCAUGCCCAGCAUCAACCGGCUUUGCCUAUCAAUCAGCGAGGAACAUCAAAACACAUUCGCAAGCUUCACGCAGAAUUGGACAAACUGCCCCAGAGCAAGAUCCAAAGCAUCCUGCAGCCAAAGUUUCGAGGCAAUCCCACCACCAACUUACCUUCAGAGAGGCAGCCACAGCACUCUCAGCCCAAAAAAGAGUUUGGAAUAAACCACCUCUUCAAGGAGACCCUACUUUCACAACGUGACUGGGCUGGACUCAGAAAGACAAGACCAAUGAAGUCUUCUUGGAAUUCAGGAGAUGCCGAUCUCGGGCAAGUUCAGGAGCGAGUGUCUGAGUCCCCAGUACGGCAUCAAUGGAGUCGAGCGGCAGCACGAAAUCUUUCUUCGCCCUCACACUCCCCGAUUUUCGGCAGACAUACGGAUCAAAACUCUAGUCUUUUGGAUGCUCAGGGUUCCCAUCCGCCUCCCUCACAAGCUAGGUCUGUCUCAAACCCGACAGCUGAUUUUCCAGGACACAUGCCACGCAAAUGCACCACCUUUCCUAGCUAUGCUCCAGAACGUGAGUUCUGUUGGAACCAUACCGCUCCAGCUGGACACGAAGCACGAAUUCACAAGCCAAUCUCACGGAUGCCACAGAUGGAUUUAUUUUCCAAACCGCUAAUACCAUUGAACAAACUCCUCAGCCUCAGGAGCUUUGACGAAGUAAUGGAGCUUUCCUCAUCAUUGGCUACCGACAAUUCAUCGCCAGGCUUAUUCCAGCCUCUUGAGGACGUUAUGGCCCAGCCUUGUUACCAACAGAACGAAUCCUGUUUUGUGGGGUAUGACGACUGUCCCUCAACCCGCUUUUCGAAUCAAAAUGGUGAGCAUUCUGACCAGAAUUCCCAACCAGUGUCCCUUGGAGAUCUACAGCCUGCCACCUUCCCAUGUGCUCCAAUCAGACGUUUCCCUGAGGAGUAUAGCUCUCCACCUCAAAUACCACCUCCCUCUUCCAUUUUAUCGCAACAUCCUCGGGAACGCAAAGCCAUAGAGCCUCGCCUUCCUACUCUAUCAGCCUACCCACCUCACCAAGAUAUGCAACAUUGCCAGACCAUUGCCAGACAAGACCACCAAGUAACCUCAGAGGCUCAAAAUUGGGGAACAGAGGUACGAUUGGACCCAGCCUCUGCCAGGCUUCUGCCAUCCUCGCCCUCGUCUAAGUUCCCCGACGGGAAACAUCGACAACAAGCACUCAAUCCUGCCAUGAAACGCAAGGCUUCGGAUCAUGGAUUAGCUUCGUCAUGCCGCCCAAAAAGGACCGCUGUAUCUAGCUUCCAGUCGUCGAUCGGACCAGGCUUUGGGACAAGCUCUAUGUUCCCUUUGCCGAGCCAUACGAGCACACUCUUAGGAGACGAGAACAUUCCAAUGACGCUUUGGGACUUUGGAACUGAAAUAUUCUAUGAGUUUUAA